CCGGCCCUUUUUGCUCAACAUUAUGUUUCUGUGAUUCAUCCUUGUUCUUGACUGCAUCAGUGGUUCCUUUGUAUUUCCGAGCACUAGUCCAUGGUGCGGAUGUACCGCUGUUUGGGUGUCUCUCCAUCUGUCCAGGGACCUUUGGGUUGUUUGCGGUUUGGAGCUAUUUAUGGAUGAAGCUGUCUGUGUCUUUUGGGGGUUGUCAGCACCCCAGAGUUGCUGAGUUGGGCUUUGCUGCUUCGCUCAGCAUUGCUGAAAAGAGGUUGGGAGUGGGGCUGGGGGCAGAAAUCUGCCUUCUCUUGAUUUUCCCCUUGGUUUCGCAGUCUCUUGACUGAAUGCUUAAAAGACAUAGUCUCUCCUUGCUUCCGUGGCACUCAGAAAACCCCAACCAAAGGGCCAAGUUCAGAAGGCACCCCCCAGCCACGCCAAGCUUAGAGCAUCUGCCAACACUGGCUGUUGGAUGUCAACUGGCCCCAGAUGUACCCGGACCAUCAUCCGCGGAGGACUUGUUCACCUGAGCCCAGCAUGGGUGCCAGUCACGAGGGGCAGGAGUUCAGGCUGGAGGGCUGCUUUUGCAGCCGUGGGCACUUACAGCACAGGCAGUGGCAGUGACGGGAGGCUGGCUGCAGCGGGAUGUCAUGACUCUGUAAUCAUGGGGAUUGAGGGGGCUUCUGGUCUCCAUCUGCAGGCAGCAGCUGCUGUCACGGUUAGGUAUCCUAGUUCUUUUCAGAAAGCUUUGACCCUCUUGGGGUCCUGGGAGGGGAGGGUUACAGGGUCAGUAAUGAGGGGUAGCCCCAAGUUUACAGCCUCGGGGAUAUUACCUUGCAAGGAAGAAUGGUUUAGUAAUAAAUCUCUGUCUUUGUAUCUGUCCGUGUGUCUAAUGUUUAAGUUGACUUGGAGGGACGUUGGCCGGUGCUCUCUUGCUCAUCUGAAGCCCUCAUCUGUCGGCCUGCCCUGUGGGAUUCUGGAAUCCACGCAGUGUGAUUGUGAUGUAGGAGAUCAUCCCCCAGGGGACUGUUGGAGUGAAGACUUCCUCCCCAGACUUCCUGCCUUCGGAUGUCAGGGUGAGCUGGCCAGGGAGAUGGCCUCGCCCAGGAGGCCUGCUGCCCAGCUUCCUGUGUCUGACAGGCCGACGAGGUUCUCUGGAUAUGGUCGCUAUGGAUGGCUCACAGGGAUGUUUGUAAACUCCGGGCUCCCUGGCAGAGCGCGGAUGUCCCUCUGGGCAAAGACUGCCUGUGCCACCCUCGCAGGGUCGCUUGGAAGGAAGCGGGGGUGGUCCAAGCUGUUGACCUUUUCGGAGAGGAGAAGAUGGAAUUGCAGGAUAUCGGCAGCCUCUGCCCGGUGGCCCCCACUUCCUUGGAGCCACACGGGAAAGCAGGGACUAUAUCUUCUAGAAUGGAGGUUGAAGGCAGUUUGUUAAGGGUCUGUGCCUUAACAGUUCUCUGCCUGGAGGUGGGCUCCAGGGAUCCAGUGUCCUGGAUGACAAGGCUGCUUUGGCUGUCCCCUCUCCUUCUUUGCCUUGGCCUUAGGUUCCAGCUGAGGGCUCCACUAGUUCUGGGGGACACUUUCCUGCUGGGCAGAAAGGGACAUCGGGCCAGGAUUUAGAAGAGGCUCCUGUUUGUGUGGGAAGCCGCCGCUACCCAGAGAAUCUAUAUUCCUUCUCUGUGCAGUACGGCGAACGUGUGCUGAGCACGUAGCAUCUGGCAGACGCUGGGGAACGAAAAGCUGGUUCUGCCUUUAAGGAGUGUGAAACUGUCACAGGCACCCAGCCAGACUGGAGCUUGAAUUUUCUAAUUCUAGCAGCGCAGAGUGGUAGAUUGUGUCUGUCACAGAAGGAAUUAGAGGAAGCAUCAAAAAUCGUAAGUGUGGCAUUAAAAGAAAUCUUCGGCCAUUUUUCUUCUUUACUGGUCUGUCUCCUUCUGAUAGUUUUUUCUAUCAGAGUAGGGAUUUGCAAACUAUGGUCUUCAGGCUGCUGCCUCUUUUUGCAAAUAAAGUUUUCUUGGACUAGCCACACCCAUUCCUUUGCAUGUCCCUAUGGCCGCCUUCACACUAGAAGGGCACAGUUGCGUGGUUGAGGCAGAGAGGGACCCAUAAGACCAAAAAUAUUUACUCUUUGGCCCAGUACAGAAAGAAGGAAGACAGAGGACUGAAUAAAUGCUCCCAGGGAAAGGGGCUGUGUGUGUGUGUGUGUGUGUGUGUGUGUGUGUGUGUGUGUGUGUGAGAGAUUUGGGAGCCAGCCCUGUCCAUUUGUCCAGCAGUGUUUUCGCCAAGGCAGUCGCUCUGACUUGGAACAGUGGCCCGGGCUGGAGGCUCCUGAGAUGCCCGCAGGUCCCAGAGCCGCGGCGCUGGCUUUGACCGGCUGCCACGGGCUUCCCGCCUGUGCCUUCCCACUGCUGUCCCGUGUCUGGCUGUAUCCAGAAGAAAGCCUGGGCGAGGCCCUGGUGUCACCCAACACCUGUGGGACAAGGGGUCACCCUUGUUACCCCUGGCAGGAUGUGUCCCGGGGGUCUGGGGAGGCUGGAGUCCGCCUGGUGGAGGCUGGAGUCAGGCCGGCCUCCCCGCGGAGUAGGGAAUCUGUGCGCUUGUGUUUCCUCGCCAGCAAGUACUGGGGGUCUCCCGUUCAGAAUGCCGAAUCCGGAAGACUUCCUGCAGGAGGGCGCGGGCUGUAUCUUCUAAACCCAGACCCAGGGCACAUGACAGAGAGGCUCAUGGGGAUGACAGCAGGGGACACUUGUUGUAUGUGUAAUGGCCCAGCCUUUUCAAAAGGGUGACUGUAUGCGGGCUUCACUCUGCACCUCCUGUAGAAAUGGGCUGACCCGCUUGAAGCCUGGCCUGUUGGUCCGGUAACAGUUAUUGAGUCCUCCCAAAAUGCUGGGAGCCUGGGGGUGGAGUGAGGGGCGGAUGGGACACUCCAGGAGUUCUCCGUACAGAGGCGACGUGGAUGUCAUGAGCUGGAGAGCAGCAUGUUGGGACUGAGGAUG